AUGGACAAUGCAGAAGGCUCGUCCGCCACCCUCAGCGCCGUUUAUCACUCUCCGUCUGGCGACAAAGCUUUCCGUCACAGCACACCUCUGCCGCAGCCUGGGAGAGGGCGAGCUCUUGACGUACAAGCCAAGACCAAAUACCUCGCGGACCUCAGAGCCUCAGGCAAGAAACUACAGGAAGAGAUCAACAAGUUCCUGACCGAAAAGAUGGAAGAGGACAGGACGGGCGUCUCCCAGCAAAAGGCGGGUGACGAAUUGGAAGAAGAAAACUACGGCGAAGAGACCGUCGAGGACGAAAACUGA